UGGUCAACUGUCAAAUCGAAAACAGCGAAAAUUUUAUAAAUAAACAAACAAAAUGUCUAAAACUAGUUAAAAUGCCUUCCCCCUGCAAAAUUAUAGCAGAUUUCACCUGCAAAUUAUCGGAAUGUCCCAGAGCGUUGCCGGCCCCAGCCACGGAGGCUACCGGAGCUCCAGCCACGACUACAUGAGAUGUCCCUUAUGCCCCCAAGACUGCAACGCACGUUACCACCCUAAAGAAAAGUAUAAAAUAAUAGAAACCAAGAUAAGUGAUGGAGACAUAAAAGGUGCAACCCAACUUAUGUUCUCCAAUGACUCCGUCGCCCCAGACACCCCCGAGACGCUACAAGGCCUACAAUCAAAGCACCCGCCACAGCCGCCUUCCGCCCAGCUCCCCGACGCCCCGGCCAGCGACUCCGCCCCGCUGCAGGUGCUCGGGACCGACGUGUACGGGGCCAUCAUGUCUUUCCGCUGCGGCUCCACCGGCGGACUGGACGGCCUAAGCCCCCAACACCUGAAGGACCUCCUCGCUAGCACCGGCCAGGCAGGAGAAACCCUGCUGAGCAAUUUGACGGCACUUAUCAACCUUAUGCUAGCGGGGAAGGUCAACACAUUAAUUGCCCCCCUCAUGUACGGCGCCAGACUCUGUGCCCUCAACAAAAAGGAUGGGGGCAUAAGACCCAUCGCCGUUGGCUCCACCCUCAGACGUAUAGCUUCCAAAGUCUGCUGCCGUCAAAUUCUACCAAAGCUAAGCACCUACCUGCAACCCCUCCAACUCGGCUUCGGCUCCAAGGGAGGAUGCGAGGCCGCAGUCCACGCACUGCGGACCUAUAUCGAACACGACGGUGGCGAGGUUGUCCUCAAAGUCGACAUCAAAAACGCAUUCAACUCAAUAGACAGAGGUACAUUCCUAACUGAAAUAAAAGAACUCACACCAGAAAUAUAUCCAUACCUCUGGCAAUGUUAUUCAUCCCCAUCCAAUCUCAUCUACAAUUCAAAUCUCAUCCACUCCGAAGUCGGCUGCCAACAAGGCGAUCCGCUCGGCCCCGCCAUCUUCAGCCUCGCCAUCCACAAAACGAUAUCCUCCCUGAAGUCGAAGCUGAACAUGUGGUACCUUGACGACGGCACUCUGGGAGGCGAGUCUGACACCGUGCUCGACGACCUCGGUACACUCACGGACAAUAUGAGGGAAAUAGGCCUGGAACUCAACAGCUCUAAGUGCGAAAUUUUCAUCCCAUCACAUAUAUCCGAAGCAAGAAAAUCGACAAUCAUCCAACGCUUCAACUCAUUAGCCCCCAAUAUUAAAAUACUAGACGAAACAUCUCUGCGCCUCCUCGGAGCUCCCAUCCAUGAACAGUCAAUUAACAACUUCAUAUCUGAAAAAAUGAACUCUUUCACCAACAAAAUCCCACACCUCCUCAAAAUAAGUAAACACAUGGCUUUUCAAAUAAUCCGGUACUCACUGUUUGUUCCCAACUUCACAUACAUACUAAGAUGCAGCCCCAUUUUCAAAAACAAAACAAUCCUUUCAGACAUAGACAACCUAAUACAAAAUUCACUCAGUAAAAUAUUAAACCUACCAUUCAGAGACCGCGACUGGCUCCAGGCCUCUCUACCCAUCCGUUUCGGCGGCAUCGGUGUCAGAAAGGUGUCGGACGUAGCCCUACCCGCCUUCUUGUCUUCAACCCACAGCACUCUGGCCUUGUAUAAUAAAAUUAUUCACCCAUCCUUGGGUGUUUCUGAGGUCUCGUGCUGUGGUGAAGCCAAGGAGGCAUGGCAAUCGAUCUGCCCUGGUGAGGCACUGCCCGAAAACCCGCACUCGCAGCGUCUGUGGGACGAGCCCAAAUGCCUGUCUACAGGAAGGCACCUGCUCGAGACAAGCCCCAACAACACAGAGAGGGCAAGACUCCUGGCGACGGCAGAACGCGAGUCAGGCCUCUGGCUCCAUGCCCUGCCCUCGCCGAAUGUGGGAACCUUCCUCGACGACAGGUCUUUCCAGACGGCGAUCGGCCUUCGGCUUGGCAUGAAAAUUGUCCAGCCCCAUCACUGCCCGUGCGGAGCAAAGGUCAGCCAACUUGGCCACCAUGGCCUCUCGUGCAGACGCAGUGCCGGCCGCCUGUCCCGCCACGCCGCACUGAACGACAUCCUGCGCCGGGCCCUUGUGUCAGUCAACACCCCGGCGGUGCUGGAACCUGCCGGUGUCAUCCGCGACGACGGAAAGAGGCCCGACGGGAUGUCGCUCAUUCCCUGGGCACACGGGAGGCCGCUAGUGUGGGAUGCCACGUGCGUCGACACACUGGCGGCGUCACACGUCCCACACACAUCCAGGGCGGCGGGAGCGGCGGCUGGAACUGCUGAAAACCUGAAACGGGAGAAAUACAGGUCGCUCGACAGCACAUACCUAUUUCUCCCGUUUGGCGUCGAAACGAUGGGGCCAUGGGGUCCGGAUGCCAAAAGUUUGGUUAAAGAGAUCUCUUCCCGGCUCGCAGACGUCUCAGGGGACAAACGAGCCGGGGCGUACCUCCGCCAGCGCCUGAGUCUGGCGAUCCAGCGGGGCAAUGUCGCCAGCGUGUUGGGAACCCUCCCACAGGGACCAGGCUUAGAAGGUCUCUUCUACAUAUAGUUUUAGUUAUGCACAUAGGUUUAGUUUGUA